AUGCCGUACGCGAAGGCGAUACUGUACAGGUCUGGGUGUUUAGUGGAACUUCUUGUCUUGGAUCCCGGGGAGCCGAACGGCAAGAUCGAGAUCAUCGGCCGCCUCUUGUCGCCGGUGUCUGCGGCAGAGGUCGGGACUAUUAGAUGUAUCGGGCUAAAUCAUGCACUAAGGCAAUCUCUGACCUGCAUGCAUUGUACUAGGAAGCCGGCUACGGCACGUACCGUCAUCCCGAAGCACACGUUAAAGGACGAUAGUGCGGACUACGAAGCUGAGCUCGCAAUCAUAAUCGGGAAGACGUGUAAGGAUGUGAGCGAGUCAGAGGCGCUGGGCUAUGUUCUCGGCUACACGGCCGCCAACGAGGUAUCCAGCAGGGUAGCACAGUUGUCGCAGAGCCAAGCGUGCUAUUCCAAGGGCUUUGAUGGCGCUUGUCCGCUAGGCCCGGUCCUUGUCUCAGCAGCAGUGGUGCCCGAUCCCAGCACUUUCACCAUUCGAGGGUUAAAGAAUGGUGAACUGGUGCAGAGCUCCAGUCUAAGUGAUAUGGUCUUCAACUGCGCGAAGCUGGUAAGCUUCGUAUCGCAGGGGACCACACUACCUGCAGGGACCGUCAUCAUUACGGGAACGCCUGCAGGAGUAGGCUUCGGAAAGAAGCCACCCAAUUGUCUUUACGAUGGUGACGAGUUCGUGGUGGAGUUAUGGCCUCAUAUUGGAAGUUUAUACUCUGUGUUCGAGACCGAAAAAUAG